ACUCUUCGCCGCGAAAGGAUCGCUGUUUAUAGUGCGGCGGAUGAGGGACUUGGAAUACGGAACGGAUGAUAUUCACAGGGUUCAAACGGCUAAUCGGCUCUCAAACAGUCUUGGCCAGUCUUACCUACUACUCAUUGGUCGUUUGAAUCCCAAAAUAAACGAAGAAUCCUUCGGCGAAGGCACAGAGUAACUAACCUCCAAUUCCUACCUCUCAUUCGCUGGGUUUUAUCAUCCCCUGCUGCUAAUUUCCAGACCCAUUCUUUAACCAAUCAACGUCUCUACCGGCUAAGUUCAAUCAGGGGCUUCAAUGCCUUACUUAAUUCCGCGAUAUUCGCUGGCGCUUUCUCGUAAAUCAUCAGUAUCGACAAUAUGGCUCGUCUAUCUAACGCGUUGAUUCUUCUUAGCAUCGUGGGCAGCUUUGCGGCUGGUCAGCGGUACGAUCAGGAGAAGCAGAAUAAGGAUGCAACUUGCAACAACAAUUGCUUCUUUAAAUACUUUACCAACAAAUGCAACGCGGAUAAUCCAGCUUGUGUAUGCACACUGAAGGAUAUGCGAGAGAAGUUCUUCUGCUGCAUUGCCGAGAACUGCGCUGAUAACGUUCUACCGGAGCAAAUUGAGCGAUCUUCGAACGAUUGCGAUGCCCACGGUAUUCCAUUCACUUUUGACGCUGAGGCUGUUUGUGGAAUCAAGUUGCCUGUUUCUUCGGAAACUGUUUCUGUUUCUGUGACUGCUUCGGAAGCUACUACUGUUACCAAGGCGAAGGCUUCUGAGACUGUGACUACAACUGAUGAGGGAUCAACUACGGCGACGACUACGGGGACUGAACUUUCGGCUGCUAGUCAGACUACUUCUGGGGCUGAGGCUACUGUCACGGAUAACAGCGCUCCGAGGGCGAAGGGUAUGCUUGCUGCGGCGGUUAUUGCGCUUGGUGUAUUUGUUUAAUAUCUUGGAAUGCAUGUAACUGGUCUAUUGAC